AUGUCCGAACAAAUUCAAACAACUAACUCCGUUCCUUCUAUUCUGGACAAAAGAUGGGACGUUGUUCUGUCUAACGUUGUAGCUAAGACCGCUUUGGGUGCUGGUGUGGGUAUUGUUACUUCAGUUCUAUUUUUCAAGAGACGUGCUUUCCCGGUGUGGAUUGGUAUUGGCUUUGGCUUGGGUAGGGGUUAUGCUGAGGGUGAUGCUAUUUUCCGUACCAAUGCUGGUCUAAGAAAGGUUAACGCCUAA